AUGGUCAACUCUUGGUCGGCAGCAUACAACAUGUUGGUGAAGGAGGGCUUCCUCGGCCUCACCAUGACCCCAGUGGACCCCGAUGCCCGGCAGCAGAUGGUCAUCGUUCGUGGCGUGUCUACCACCAUCAAUGUUGACCUUGUCACGCCAGAGGCCUUCCUUUGGCUCAAGAGGAGUGUCGUCACAGGCCUGCAGAACGCCAUGGAUACUGACGCUGUCCCUCACACUUUCUCGUCUAAGCUGGGUGCUUCCCGUCGCCAUGUGAGCUUUCCUGAAGGGCACGGCAAGACUCUAGCCCAACUUUACGAAUGGUUCAUGGCGCUGCUCAAACAACACCCAUCCUUGGAACCACUCAUGAGGGAAGGUAGGCACAGGCCGUACCUGAUGGUCAACUCUUGGUCGGCAGCAUACAACAUGUUGGUGAAGGAGGGCUUCCUCGGCCUCACCAUGACCCCAGUGGACCCCGAUGCCCGGCAGCAGAUGGUCAUCGUUCGUGGCGUGUCUACCACCAUCAAUGUUGACCUUGUCACGCCAGAGGCCUUCCUUUGGCUCAAGAGGAGUGUCGUCACAGAGACACUGGACGUCCUGCUGACACGUCACCGCUGCAGGAAUGUCUUGAUUAUUGGGGACUUAAAUCACCACCACGAGGAAGCUGCCUAUGUAAAUCUCCUGACGGUACAGGGCCUUACGGACCUUGUUACCUUCCCAACCCACGAGCGUGGAGGGACGCUGGAUCCCGUCAUCACCGACCUGAGGGAGGGAACAGCCACUUGCCAUCAGCUCGAACCAGUGGGAAGCUCGGAUCACCACGCCAUCCUGACCCGGGUAGAUGUGGGAGUUGCACGGGAUGAGGCCAGCUCUCGUACCAUCUGGCAGUGGGAUAGAGCAGACUGGUGCUCCCUCAAGAGUGACCUGCAACAAACAGACUGGCAAGCCCUACUGUCGGGAAGAGCUGAUGCUAUGGUGACAGCCUUUACCGAGCGCCGCAAAACACUGCAGCAGCAACACGUCCCUCACCGCCAGUACACCUCCAAGCCAACCGACCAGCCAUGGUUUGGUUACCGCUGUCGAUGCGCUGCAGAGAGGAAGUACUGCGCAUGGCUACGACUCAAGAGGAACCCGACCAGCCGCAACAAAGCCAGGCAUCGUGCGGCUUGUAAGAGUAUGGUGGCCACAUGUAAGUGGGCACAACAGAGGUGGGAGAGGGACCUCAAAUCUAAGCUCUGUGGCCCAGGGGUUGGGAGCAAGACUUGGUGGGCCCUUGUCAAGGAGAGGCAAGGAGGCAGCCACCAUGAAACUAUCCCUCCCCUCACCAAGCAGGACGGCACCACAGCCACCAGCAGCAAGGAGAAGGCAAAACUCCUGGCUGACCUCUUCUCGACUAAAAUGUCCGUCCCUGACCCCAAUCGAUCUCCUCCACAGAUGGAACAGGAGUGUGACCAAGCCUUGACAGAGGUGAUGGUGACUCAGGAGCAAGUGGAACGCCUUCUGAGAGCAGUAGAUGUCAGGAAAGCCACUGGUCCGGACGACAUCAGCCCACAUAUCCUGCGCCACUGCUCAGAAGAACUGGCAUCGCCACUUACAAAAAUAUUUACUGCCUGUGCCAGGGAAAAAACAUGGCCUGCCAUGUGGAAAAAGGCUCGUGUGGUGCUGAUCCACAAGAAAAAAUCAAGAUCUGACCCUGCAAAUUACAGGCCCAUCUCCCUCCUGUCGGUAGUGGGAAAGAUAUUCGAAAGGAUAGUGGUUGAAGCCAUCAACAGCCACCUCCAGGAGCACUCCCUACUAUCUGACCAGCAGUAUGGGUUCAGAUCCGGCCGCUCCACAUCAGACCUUCUGAUGCUCUUAACCAGGGAUUGGCAGGACUCCCUGGACAAUGGCCUGGACACCCUUGUAGUCGCCCUCGACAUAGCAGGAGCCUUUGAUCGGGUAUGGCAUGCAGGCCUGCUUGAAAAGCUUCGUGCCAAAGGCAUACAAGGCCACCUGCUAAUGUUGAUGAGCAACUAUCUACAAGGAAGAACCCUACAUGUUGUCGUCAACGGGCAGCAGUCAGGGGACCUUUCAGUGGGAGCCUCAGUCCCUCAGGGAUCUGUGCUGGGACCGGUCCUCUGGAACCUGUAUAUUGACGACCUUCUCAGGAGCCUGCCAGCAAUCUCCGCAUAUGCUGAUGACUGCACGCUGUCCAUCUCCUACCCUCGGCAGAAUUGUUGUCACGCCAUCGAUGACGUCAACCGACAACUCGGCGUGAUACAAGAGUGGGGAAAGCACUGGCAGGUGCAGUUCGCCCCUGAGAAGACACAGGCAAUGGUGAUCUCUCGGUCUCUAGCAGCCAGGCAGGAGGUUGAAGGAAAGGUGAUGUUUGGCUCCAUCACCCUCCCACUCCAGGAAUAUAUCAAAGUUCUUGGAGUGGACCUAGACCGAGAGCUCCGAUUUGACCGCCACCUCAAGCACGUUGCCCACCAAGCCUCUCUCCGAGUCUCUGCCUUACGAAGGGUAGCUGGAUUACUGGACAAACGUGGAAUCCAACUGCUGUACAAGGCCCAGAUAAGACCCUACCUGGAGUAUGGGAUCGAGCGACGUGUGCAGCGGCUGUUGGAGGAUACACCCCCGCCGCCACCACAACAGGAAGAGAGAUCCCUGGACACGCUGGAACAUCGUUGUGACGUCGCAGCACUGGUGGUGUUCCACAAGGCCCAGGUGCAAGGCGUACCUCACCUGGCAAGACUACAGCUCCCCCCGCGAGUGGCUCAAAGAGAUACGAGAACGGUACUCUCCAGCCACGAGCAAGUGGGGGUGCCAAGGUCUCGCGCCAGCCAGCACCAGAGGACCUUCAUCUCCAGAGUGGCUCGCUUGUGGAACAAGUUCAUUACAGUAGUGCCAGCAGUGAGUGAAAUGACAACCCAGCAGGUGAAAACUGCUGCUCACAGGUGGCGAGGAACAUGCCCCACACCAAUGUCAGGCUGUAGCAUAUGCUCUCCAAUCAACCUCCCCCAUAGACUGAGAUCUGGUGCCACAGUCAAUUUCACUUCGAUAUCCUCUCAUGUGGGCAUCCUGCUUAACGAAAAGGCAGAUCGCCUUGCUCAAUGUGCCCUUCACGACAACACAGUGAACUCUAGCUAA